AUGACCACCAGUAAUGGAGCACCAGUAGAAUAUAGCGAUAUAAGUACUUUAAAUGAAAGACUAAUCUAUAACAAUUAUUUCAUGGAUUCCCUAACUCACUUUGAUCGAGAACGAAUUCCUGAACGAGUAGUUCAUGCGAAAGGCGCUGGUGCAUUCGGAUACCUAGUAGUAACUAAUGACGUAACGAAUUAUACAAAAGCAGAUUUCCUAAGCGAAGUUGGUAAGAAAACUCCAGUUGCAGUUAGAUUUUCACUAGCUGGCGGAGAACGAGGCUCUAGCGACAGCACCGCGAGCGGGCUCCGCGGUUUCGCUGUAAAAUUUUAUACGAAGGAAGGCAAUUUCGAUAUACUCGGCUUAAACACGCCCGUGUUUGCAAUAAAAGACCCUGUAUUAUUUCCAGACUUAAUUCGUGCUCUAGGCAGAAAUCCUGCGACUAAUGUUCCCGAUUCAACUACGACCUGGGACUUUUUCACGCGCUACCCCGAGACGUUAAAUAUGUUUAUACGUUUGUUCGGAAAUGAUGGCACACCGAGAGGCUAUCGCUAUAUGCCUGGGUAUGGCAUCCACACAUAUCAAAUUCAAAAUAAAUAUGGAGAUAUAUAUUUCGUUAGGUAUCACUUCACACCAGAACAUGGUAAAGAUAGUUUGACUACGGAUGAAGCUUCGGAAUUGGGCGCCAGUGAUCCCGACUCAUUUACCAGAGAUUUAUAUGAAGCGGUGGCAUGCGGGAAACGCGUCAGUUGGAAGUUUGGUGUACAACACUUAACACCAGACCAAGCAUUUAAUUCAAAGAUCGACGUUUUUGAUCCAACCUUAGAGCUUCCUUUUGCAGAAUUCCCAAUAACGCCCGUGGGUAAAUUAGUACUUAAUAAGAAUCCAGUUAAUUACUUCGCUGAAAUUGAACAACUGGCUUUCUGUCCAUGUAACCUGGUACCUGGUAUAGAUGGAGCGCCAGAUAAACUAUUUGAAGGACGCCUGUUUUCUUAUAGAGAUACUCAACACUAUCGUUUAGGAGUAAACUCUAAGAAGAUCAAAGUGAAUUGUCCCUUCGAAACUUUGGCGCGUACGUAUAACAGAGAUGGCGUAGCACCAGUGGGGGACAAUGGAAAAAAUUCACCUAACUACUAUGAGAACUCUUUUAAUGGGCCAGUUGCGUACAACGACGUAAACAGAUCGAAAUUAAUUAAAAUUAAAGAAGGAAGAGCCAAUAAUUUUGAACAAACCGCUAAGGUAUAUUUAGAUAUGGAUGAUGAUGAAAAAAGUCGCGUAAUUAGCAAUAUAGUAAAUGGUUUAGGUCCUGCCAUAGACUCCUUGCAUGAUAAAGCUGUCAAUAUAUUUACAGACAUUGAACCAGAUCUUGGAAACAGGAUUAGAAAAGGUCUAGAAGAAUUCAACAGACAAUCAGUUUGUACAAUGACCUUGGAUAAACCGCCCCGAUAA